AACAUCUAACUUCGCCUGGGCUCGACUUGUCCUGUAGACAGCCAUCCGACCCUUGUGGCACUCCGCCCUUUGUGAAGUUCGUUGGAGUGAGAUUCGCCGCUCGAUUAAACGCCAGCAUCAUGCAGUGAUAAGGACCCCACCGGUAUUGGAGAAAUCUACUUCGCUUGCGUUCUGGCUCAGACAUCUGCGAAAUAUGGUGAAGAUAGCGCGAAACAAGAGGCCGAAAUCACUCUCGCAUGGCAGACCUCCGACGAUACAGAAACCAAUCGCAUCCCUAUCGGCAAGGGCAACGCGGACCUUGAUUCGAUCACACCACCAGCUCCACAAAAAGCGUGCUCGAGCACUCACAGAUGGCAACGAGCAAGAGGUCCAUGAACUUGACAAGAAGAUUGAGGCUCUUGGCGGACUCAAGAGUUAUCAACUGGCCAGCAAAACGGGGCAAUCAAAAGAGCGCGGCGGCGAUUCCAGCAAGGUUCUCAUUGAAUGGCUCAAACCGGCGUUGGAUGGGCUGACAAAUUGCGAAACCCGGCUUCGUCUACUUGAAGUCGGUGCAUUGUCUGCUAGGAAUACUUGCUCGGCCGUCAGUUGCAUAGACGUUGUCAGGAUUGAUCUUCACUCACAGGAACCUGGUAUUUUGGAACAGGAUUUCAUGGAAAGGCCCAUUCCUUCAACAGAUCCCGAUAAGUUCCAUAUUAUCAGCCUUUCGCUCGUUUUAAAUUAUGUUCCCGAUGCUACUACGAGAGGCGACAUGCUCCGACAUACCACCGCCUUCUUAACGUCGACAUUGCCGACAUCCAACGGAUCCUUACGAAAAUUAGCACCGUGUUUGUUUCUCGUCCUACCAGCGGCAUGCGUGCUGAAUUCUCGAUACUUCACGGAGGAGAGAUUACAGGAUAUAAUGUCGAGUCUAGGGUACUCGAUUAUCAGGAGAAAGCUCACGCAGAAACUUAUAUAUCAGCUCUGGAAAUACAACCGCCCGGCCAACCCCAAAUCCGGUGGUUUCGAGAAAAAAAUGGUGAAUCCUGGGGCAAAGAGGAAUAAUUUCACGGUUAUUCUAACACCUGCCGAAUGAUUGCAUAUCAGUUAGCUGAUUUAAACAAGUCGGCUUCGUAAAUACUAUGUUAUGUUUGCUGGUUUGUCGUCUCUUUUUCAACUACAUUUUGGCCAGUGUCCUUCCUCACGACCUCAGAUGACAUCCGAAGAGCCUCCUUCGCUUAUUUGUAUGAACCGGUGGCUAACGUUUUGGCUGCGAUGAACUAUUGCAAUGAUCCCUAAGAAGAAGAAAUAUCUUCGAGCGAUACGGAGUAGAAGCAUUAGGACCGGGUAGCGAGAGGGUAGGUGUGUGUUUCUCUUCUUUAGCAGUGUACCUCGUAGAAGCACCGAAAAGGUCCAAAUCCCCCAAAUAGCCUCCCCACAGGGAGGAUAGAGGGUGCCAUCCCUUGACCAUCGAUAGCUCGAUAAUCCAACAACUCCUUGGAAA